AUGCGUGCCUGUCCUGCCACCAGCUUCGCUUGAUUCGCCGGACCAAGGAUCCCGCCGCCGCCGAGGCGCCCUGGGCAGGAGAUCUUCGUGAUGUCGAGGUUUAUGCAAUUAGGGAAGAGCGGCAGCAGGAAGCUCGCUCAUGCUAUAUUGGCCAACUCCAAGCCCAGCAGCUCCAACAUCGGACCGAGCUUCGCGUCCGGUUUGGCCUAUAAAACCAGGGCGUAUCUGCACGGGGGAGUCCACAAUGGCCCGAGCACCUCAUUCAUGCUCGGGCGGGCAAAGGAGGGCUUGCACUGGAGCCCUGGUGCCAGGAACUUCUCGGUUCUCUCGGCCUGUAGUCGCAACGCAUUCCACAGCCAACUGGCUUGGAAGCAACUCAUGGCGCGUGUACCAAAAGCAUCUCCGGCUCUAAGAAAGGCUGCCUGUGCCGUCACCUUGGCUGCCAGUAGGUCCAAGUUGGUUCCAUACCUCGCCGCUCUCGUGGCUGGGGAGUUGAUGCUAGCUCAGGAGAGUAGCGCGGAUGGCGAGUACCUCCAGAUACGCGAGAAUAUCUACAACCGGGCUCAGGACAGCCGUAUCUAUGUGUCCUCGGUGAUAUUUUCGGCGGUGGAGAUGGUUAUCAUAAUCCUCAGAUCGAUAUAUCUGGCGUUCUUGUUCACUCCCAGCAUACUGAUGGCGCCGUUUGCUGAUAAUCUUGGCAGCAAGUACAGGAAAACGUGGCUCCGCCUUGUGCACCGUACUUUGGAGAUGGCAGGCCCUGCGUUUAUCAAAUGGGGCCAGUGGGCUGCGACACGUCCUGAUCUGUUUGCCAAUGACCUGUGUACCGAAUUGUCAAAGCUACACACUAAAGCGCCAGCUCACAGCUAUGCAUAUACCAAGAAGACUGUCGAGAAGGCGUUUGGUCGGAAGAUAUCUGACAUUUUUGUCGAGUUUGAAGAAGAGCCUGUGGCGUCUGGAAGUGUCGCUCAAGUGCACCGAGCUCGCUUGAACUUCAAACAUCCUGGCCAGAAGACAAAGAUUAUAACAGUAGCGGUAAAAGUAAGGCAUCCGGGUGUAGGAGACUCGAUACGGAGAGAUUUCAGUAUCAUUAAUGCAGUGGCUAAAACAUCAAGAUACAUUCCAGCGUUAAAUUGGUUACGGCUAGAUGAGAGCGUGCAACAGUUUGCUGUUUUCAUGAUGUCUCAGGUUGACCUUGCAAGGGAAGCUGCUCACUUGAGCCGGUUUAUCUACAAUUUCCGCAUGUGGAAAGAUGUGUCGUUUCCCAAACCUCUCUAUCCACUUGUUCAUCCUGCUGUCUUGGUCGAGACUUAUGAGCAUGGCGAGAGCGUCUCACACUACGUGGAUGAUCAAGAUGGACAUGAACGUAUUAAAAGUGCUCUUGCACAUAUUGGCACUCACGCACUCUUGAAAAUGUUACUGGUUGAUAAUUUCGUCCAUGCCGAUAUGCAUCCUGGAAAUAUUCUAGUCCGUGUUGUACGGCCAAAAAAUACAAAUAACACCCUUCGGAAGUCAAGGCCACACGUGGUAUUCCUUGAUGUAGGAAUGACUGCUGAACUUUCAAGUAAUGACCGUGUGAAUUUGCUGGAGUUUUUCAAGGCUGUUGCACGUCGAGAUGGCCGUACAGCAGCAGAGAGUACGCUUAAGUUGUCAAAACAGCAGAAUUGCCCAAAUCCAAAAGUUUUUAUUGAGGAAGUUGAACGAGCAUUUUCCUUCUGGGGUACCCCUGAAGGUGAUAUUAUCCACCCUGCUGAUUGUAUGCAUCAGUUGCUUGAGCAAGUCCGACGUCAUAAAGUAAACGUUGAUGGGAACGUUUGCACUGUCAUGGUGACUACAUUAGUUCUUGAGGGCUGGCAGCGGAAGUUGGAUCCAGAUUACAAUGUGAUGAAAACAUUACAAACCUUACUAUUUAAAGAAGACUGGGCCAAGUCCCUUCAGUAUACAAUCGAAGGGCUUAUGGCACCUUAGGUGUUCACUUGUAUCUGCCCAAUUUUGCUGAUCUGGUUUACGUGCGGUCGACAGAUGUUUUUUCUUGUCCUGUUUUACUUAGUUUUUAGACUUACAGUUUUGUGCUCCUCAUCUUGGCCUGUGCUGCCAAAACGGCCACGCUAAAGUAAUAAUUGCAGCAUUCUUUCGAGCAACUGGAGUACCAGCCCCUGGGAUAUGCUUGUCGGUCAGGCCAAAGGACGGGUCCUUUUGAGUGCCUCCCAGUUUUUUCUUCUUGAUAGAUACUAAGAUGUAGCGAAGGCCCCUUAUCCUGAUGCUCUUGUUUGUAACAGGAGAGAUUGUAUCAGUGAAUGAGAAAUUUGUCUUUAUAUGUAUACAGAAAGAUACAGUUCAUUGUUUCAAAGAAAAGCACGUUCUGUCUGACAAAAUUUUCUGAA